AUGAACACACAUACACAUAUUUUAUCGAUCCCUGAUGAAUUGUUAAUCAAUGUUUUAGCUUUCUUAGGUGCUUCCUCGUAUUCUGAAUUGCUCAAGGCAAAAACCAUUUGUAAAACUUUUAAUCAGUUAUCUCAAGACGACUAUAUUUAUGAGAGAGCAUCUUUACAAGAUAUUGAUGUAGUUCCAUGGCAGAAAAAUAAUGAGCAAUCUAUAUUCUUAAAGCGAUGCACAAACUCUCACAAUUCAGAAGCUUUGUAUAGACAUGUAGUGGUGGAAUAUUUUAGCGGUCGAGAUUAUGAGAUAGGGUUGGAGUAUCUUGAAAAGGCAAAAAAAUUGGGACACGUCGGAGCACUUUAUGUAUUUGGUAUUAUCUCUUUGUUUGGAAAUAGUGAAUUGAAGAAGAAUGGGGUAGAGAUUCUAAAUCAUGAUAUGCUCAAGGGAAGAUUGUGGAAGUGUCGAGGAGAGUUGAUUGAGAUCAUCAAUAAAUUGUGGACGAACAUACCUCCUAAUAUGAAGAAUGUUGUCGUUUGUUGUUCAAUUCACAACGAUAACCAAAAAAAUUGGAAAUCAACGUGGCCUGUUAAUGAUUGCGAUGAUUAUGUAGAAUGUGAGGCGUGCAAAUGCGAUAGGGAACUCGAUUAUUUGAUGCCUUGUAUUGAUAUUCGACGAUGA